AUGUCUACCUUCCAAUCCUCCUCCCAAGCCUAUCAUGGUCAAUCUACUACGUCUCGUACGAUCCCCGCCUUUAACCCGGUCGCCGUCGCCACAGCCCCCGCGGGGACUUUGCUUCCAGGCACAAAGGUCCAGGUGGGCAGUCACCGUGUUGUAGUCGAAAAGUACCUGUCAGAAGGUGGCUUCGCUCAUGUCUACGUCGUGCGACUACCACAACCGAUCAAUGGCUCAGAGACUGCAGUUUUGAAGCGGGUCGCCGUGCCCGAUAAGUCGGCACUAGCUAAUAUGCGCACCGAGGUAGAGACAAUGAAGAAGCUCCAGGGCCACCGACAUAUUGUUAAAUACAUCGAUUCGCAUGCCUCACAGCUGCGUGGAGGUGGAUAUGAGGUCUUCUUGAUCAUGGAGUUCUGCGCAGGUGGCGGACUGAUUGACUUCAUGAAUACCCGACUUCAGAACCGUUUGACAGAGCCCGAGAUCAUCAAGAUCUUUUCCGAUGUCGCAGAGGGUGUAGCCUGUAUGCACUAUCUCAAACCGCCACUUCUCCAUCGUGAUCUCAAGGUCGAGAACAUCCUGAUAUCAAACUCGGCUGGCUCUACUACUUACAAACUCUGCGACUUUGGGUCAUCGGCCCCGCCUCGUCCAGCAGCCACUUCUGCAGCAGAGGGUCGACUGAUUGAAGAUGAUGUGCAGCGACACACGACUCUGCAAUACCGCAGCCCAGAGAUGAUCGAUGUGUAUCGAAAGCAGCCUAUUGAUGAGAAGAGUGAUAUUUGGGCACUUGGUGUGCUCUUAUAUAAAUUAUGUUACUAUACAACUCCCUUUGAGGAGGUUGGCCAGAUGGCAAUUCUCAACGCCAGCUUCAAAUAUCCUGCUUAUCCACAAUUUUCCAGUCGGCUGAAGAUGUUUAUCGGGUCAAUGCUGAAGGAAGACCCGCGACAGCGUCCGAAUAUAUAUGACGUGGUGCUUCAAAUCUGCCGCAUGCAAGGAAAAGAAGUUCCAAUUCGAGAUAUUUAUUCGAAUAGAUCAGUCUCUCAGGAUCGGAGAAACCAAGAACUACCUGCGACGCCCGCUGAAGCCCCAAAAGUUGGGGCAGUGUUCUCGGUUCCUUUACAAGAAACUCAAAUUACGAUCCCAGAGAUUGCGCCAAUGCGAAGAGGUCGGCCUGGAAAAUCUCAGUCCUCGACCCACUCGGCGAAAGCAAGUCCUUCUCCCUUCCGUGGUAGCUCGAAAACUCGGUCCAGCGAUCCCUUCGCAGCUCUAGAUGGAGGUCGGGGUAAGAAGACCGCUGACGAAUUAUCAAGUCGUUUCCCAACCCUGGAUCAGUUUGAUAUCUUGCAUGAGCAGGGUGACAAAUUUGAUUUCGAGCCCGGCGCGAAAGACUCAAGCUCAGAAGAUGAAGAACUCUCGAAGCGACUCACCAAUGCCUUAGCCGAUAAAGCUUUUGCCCGACAAACCUCGCCUGAAAGGCGGGAUCCAUCUCGGAAUCGGCGAAGUCAACUCUCGCCCGUGCGGUCUCAAUCGUCCAACGAAGUUGCUCCUUCCCUUCCUGCCCGACAACCUGCUCCUCUGUAUCAACCUACACCUCAGCGGCCUUCAAUGGUCUCGACAGGAACAAUGACUUCACCUGCUCCAACACCUCGCUUACAAGAGCCAGCACCUCGCUCGCAGGAGCCCAAGGUGUCCACUCGCCCGAUUUACCGAUUCCCGGUUGGGGAGCCGGAGCCGGAGCAGAAGACCGUUCCUUCACCUACAUCGUUGGGCUUGAAGCCAGAACCAAACCCCCGAGUCUCAUCUGACCGGCUAUCAAACCAUUCUCAAUCUGCGCGUCCAUCGAUGGAGGGAUUGCGACGGCCAUCUGGACUGGAGAUAGAAGAUCCCGUUGGGCGACCCAAAUCAGUCAUUGCCAAGACCCGUCCGAUGUCAGUACAGCCUGGGGCUUAUACUGAGCCUGAAUCUUAUCGUUCGUCACUCGAUAUGGUUCGCGUGCAAUAUGAGGACGGUGUGCCAUUGAGAAACGUCCGAACAGAGAUGGACCAAGACUACGAACGGCCCAACAUUUCAGACAUGGACUAUCUUCGUGUCAAGGAAGUGGAGGAGAGCAACCGCAAACGCGAAAAACGGUUCAGUGGCAGCCACAAGCACUCCAAGCGUGGCAGUUUGUCUGCUCUCUCUCUUUCUGGGGGCAAGAACAUGUUAGCAGGCCGAUUUGGCGAGGCAUUCCGUCGAUUUGAGAGCAGCAACCCGGACAAAUCCUCGACGCCAUCCCCUGAGGCAUUACCCAGCCCGGAUAACUUGGGGUUGCAAACGGAUAUGCUGUCGGCGUACGAGGAUGUUUUAGAAGAUGUCGAUCGUGACGAUAUCUCCCCUGAAAUGCGUCGCGAGCUAGAACGUCGUCGCCUCUCCCAGGAGGAGAAACGCGUGACCAAUGCUGCGGCUGAGUUUCGACGACGAGCCGCCGACGGAGGAGGUGGCAGAGCCGGUACUGAUGGGCAGCGGUCUCGUGCGAUCCAAAAUCGAGUGCAGACAUUGUUCAGUGGGUCGAACAAAUCCACCGCCCCUAAGACUGCAUCUGGCUAUGGAAAAUACACCGACAACUCCCCUACUUUGCAGGCAAAGCAGGACGAGGUCAAAUCCUCCGCAACGGGUACGGCGCUCCCACCCAAAGCUCCUGAUUCUGGUUACGGUUUCAAGGAAGGCACGGCAAUGGCACCACCACUUGAUCGCCGGGAGGGCGCCAGCGCUCCUGGGGGACUUCCACAAUCCGCCACCUCUACCACCAGCUACCAAUCUGCCCCUCGCCCUGUAUCACGCCCUACUGCUCCGCCAAAGCCUAAGAAAUUGCAGGUUGGCACACAAAACACCUCGCUUCCCGGUACUCGUCCUGGUACCGGUCAGCAGCAAACCCCUAUGAGCCCUGGCGAGGAUUACGAGGCCAACUUUAGCCGGCGCUUCCCCAGUCUUUCUGGGUUAGAGAUGGAAACUGAGAUUGAAAUCCCGAAAUACCCCAAACUGCGUACUCGUGAAAUAUAA